CCCCUGGGGCCUGGCUUCUGGACCAUUCCAGGAGGGAGGUGAGGGGUUGGCUGACAGCAGCAAGCAGAGGAUCCUGGGGCCAGUGGGAUCGAGAGCACGAGAGAUGGCUGGAGACAGAAAAUAAGCACCGGGCAGGCAAGCCAAGGAAGAUGGGGGAAGCACAGAACCCUCUCAGGCGGAAACGGAGGUGCAGAGAGGCAAAGUGACCUGGGGACCUGUCGCUGGUGCAGUGGGUUAGACCUCAGCACUGCUUUGUAGGUCACCCGACUGUGGUGACCUGGGACCGUGCCAGCUCCAAGGAAGACGACCAGCCAGUCACACAGGGAUACAGGGAACAUGCCCAUUUUUAUGAAGUGUUGAUAAGAAACCUAGUAAAAUGAAUGACACCAAGGACUUGCAGGAGCUUCCAGCUGGGAGAAGUGAGCAAGAAAAGAGGUCAUAUCAAGGUAUCCUGACCUAUGAUCUGAAGAAUUGCAUAAAGUUAAAAGAGAAGACAGAUAUAAGAAAGCUGAAGACACAAGAAGGACUCACAGCAAACAUCGGACUCCCCCUGGAACUCGUUGACAAACAUGACCCUUGGCCAGGGUAUGUCACCUACACCUCCCCCGUGGUAAAAAGACUCAUUGAGAAAAGCAAGACGAGAGAGCUGGAAUGCGCGAAUGCCUUCGAGGAAAGCCGCCGGGCAGCGAAGCCCAACAAGGCCUCCAGCAUCGUGCAGCUGAAGAGGAGGAAGUCGUCGAAAUCUUCCAGUGAAGCUGCCUUCCAGGAUGUGCUGUCACAGGCCAUGUUAUCCGUGUGGGGCGCUUACUCCGUGUUGGCCGUGGGUCCCGCCAUCAGCCCGGAGCCCACGUGCGACAGCCCUACCGCAACCCACAACAAGAUCCUCUUCUCCCGCAGGCCGGUGAUGAGGCUGCUCCCCUACAGCUCGCUGCUGGCCAGCAAGGAGAAACAUGCCAACGUCUAGCCAGGAGCCCCCGCGGCCGUGCCCUCCCAGGAAUGUUACAGCAAUUAAGCUCCAUGUGCCACACAC